GAAGAGCAGGAACUGGGCUGUCAUUUUCCUCCUUAGACACACACAAGGAGAGGCUUUCUAAAGCUAGGGCCUCCUGGCAUCACAGGGUGACCUUUCUCCUGAGAAUAUUUCCAUCCCCAGAGAUGACUUGGAAAACUGCAGCUCCAGCUACACCUUUAUACGCUGACCACUAGAACAACCAGGUGAAGACGCUCAAUGGUGACAGGCUUUGCAGGUGUCUUAAGGAGACAAGAGCUUCUGGGAAUCCACAAUGAGAUGGUGAGAGAGAAACGUGUGAUGACACAGAGACGUAAUCUGCAGCAGAUGUGGACCCUGAAGAAAGAGCUGCUUUAAUUCUAAGACAUACAAGUAUCUCGUGUUGGAAUACACCUUCCCUUCUGCACUGAAGAUGGUGGAUUUUCCCGGUGGCCUUCCCGCUGGCUUUCUCUUCCCUCUUCUCCUCCUCCAGCUGUCCACAGCAUCUGGGCUUUCUGUGGAGGGGCAAGCCGAGCCCGUGGUGGCACCGCUGGGCGCAGAUGCCAGCCUGCCCUGCCGCCUGGCCCCGGAGCAGAGCAUGGCCCACAUGAGCAUCCGGUGGUACCACGGCCAGCCCUCCCGCGCUGUGCUGGUGUUCCGGCAGGGCCAGGAGCAGGUCGGGGAGCAGAUGCUGGAGUACCGGGGCAGGGCCGAGCUGCUGAGGGACGCCGUGGGCUCGGGGAGCGUGGCACUGCUGCUAAGGCGCGUCCGGGCCUCUGAUGAUGGCCUGUACCACUGUCGCUUUGAAGACGGUGACGUCUCCCAAGAGGCCCUCGUACAGCUGAAUGUCGUGGGUUUGGGCUCCGCACCCCAGGUUCACAUGACAGGACCCAAGGAAGGUGGGAUCCAAGUGCUGUGCUCCUCGAGUGGCUGGUUCCCAAGGCCCACGCUGCAGUGGACAGACACUACAGGCAGGAAGCUGCCAUCCCUCCCUGAGUCUCAUACCCAGCAGGAGGACGGGCUCUUCCAUGUGGAUGCCUCCCUUGUGGUCACAGAUAGCUCCCUGGGGAACCUGACCUGCUCCAUCCAAAAUCCCCUCUCUGGUCAGGAGAAAACAUCUACCAUCUUCCUCCCAGAGCCCUUUUUCCCCAGGGUGUCUGCAUGGAAGUUGGCGCUGGCUGGGACACUCCCCAUUCUGGGGCUCCUGCUCAUUGGGAUCAGCUACGCUGGCUGGAGAGAGCAUCAAAACAAGGAGAAACAAAUAAAGGAAAAAGAAAAAGAAGACAACGAAGCAAAGCAUAUGAGUAGAGAAAAGGAAUUAGUACUUCAAGCUAAAGGGGAACUCGAGGCAGAACUGGAACGGCGGAGGAAAUUAUACAACCAAGAUUGGAAGAAAGCCCCGCUAUAUCCUGAUUGGAGAAAGGAACAUUUCAAGCCUGCUCCUGUGAUUACAAAGCACCAAAUGAUUCAGUCAAACAAUUCUGACCCAGAGAGCAAAGAGAACUGCACAGAUGAGACACAGGAACUACCUCUUAGCGAUAAGCAAGGAGACUGCAACCUCAUCACACUUGGUCAGGAAGGCUUCCUGUGGAAAAGACAUUACUGGGAGGUGGACGUCGAGAAGGUGGAGGAAUGGACUGUAGGCAUUUAUGAGGUGCCCAGUGAUGGGCCUGAGUCAUUCGAAGAGCCAUCAAGAAAGACCUUCAGAGUCUUGGUCAAGAAGGGAGAUAAAUACAAGGCUCUUGCCUGUUGUUCCAAAAACAUUUUCCUAGAAAAGCAUGUCUCAGUAGAAAAGCGUCCCUGUAAGAUUAUGCUAUUCUUGGAUAUCGAGGAUAGUGAUAUUUCUUUCUACAACAUGACAGAUGGUUCCCACAUCUUUUCCUUCAACCAGUCCAAAUUCUCUGGGUCACUCUAUCCUUAUUUUAAACAUGGAAGCAUGGAGCUCUCUCCAACUUCAAAAUGUUAGGUGACUUGGAGAGCGAUGAUACAUGAGAAAGACAAUAGCUUGUUUUCUAUAAGAUGGGAGCCCUGAUCUGUGGCCUCAGACACCACUGAUUAAGGAGCCCUUCAGCUGAGACCCCACGAAUCUCCAUGAUCAAAGCUUUUGAUGACAAAAAGCCCUGUUUUGCAAAUUAUCUGUAAAGAAGAAUCAUGUUUCCAGGUUUUGCAAAAUUAUAUUUUUAAAUAUUUCUUGUUAAAUAUUUCUAUAUUUUAAAUAUUUCUUAUAUUUUUAAAUUUUUCUUUAAAUAUUUCUUUUCUUUCUUUCUUUUGUAUCCAGUAUAUCACUGAUUUAGGAAAAUGGCAUGGAUAAAAAUGAAAAAUAUAGGACCAGGAGUUUAGCUCAGUGGCACAAGUACCUGCCUGGCAAGCACAGGGUCAUGAGUUUGAUGCUUAGUACCAAAAAAGGGGGGGGGGAUAUAUAGUUACAAGUGGCACUUAUUAUAUUAUUAAUUCAACAUGAAUGAAAUUACUCUUAUGAACUUGUUCUGUAUUUUUUUUUGAAACAAGGUCUUACUUUAUGGUGCAGGCUGGCCUUAAAUUCUCUAAGUACUUCCAAUUUACUAUGAUCCUCCUGCCUCAGCCUCCCAAGUACUUGGAUUAUAGGUGUUUGCCACCACACCUGGUACUCUACAAGUUUUUAACUAUGUUUCUAUACUCAUUUCAUUAAAAACUAGUGGGAAAAAACUA